AUGGUUCCGCCAUCACUGGCAGCGGAGCGCUUGCAAGGCAUAUCCUCCCACAUCUCAUCUAUCGAGACACCAUCGCAGAACGAAGACUCCUCGCCGUAUGAGAUACUUCCACAGUGGCAUUCUAAGCCAACUCAUCUGCGCGUCAUCUGCGUAGGAGCUGGGGCUGCAGGCCUGCUUCUCGCCUACAAGAUGAAAAUGAAUUUUGCUAAUUACGAACUCGUGUGCUACGAGAAAAACCCAGAUGUAGGCGGCACGUGGUUUGAGAAUAGUUAUCCUGGGUGUGCGUGUGACGUCCCAGCACACGCCUACACUUACUCCUUCGAGCCUAACCCUGACUGGAGCACGUUCUAUGCAUAUGCCCCCGAGAUUCGGAAAUACUUCGAUGAUUUCACUAAGAAGUAUAAUCUCAUUCCCUACGUGAAGUUGAACUCUCGGGUCUUAUCCGCAAAGUGGGCCGAAGAAGACGGCCAGUACAACGUAGAAAUUGAAAGUGAAGGGAAGAUUGUCAAAGAUCGAUGCCACAUCUUCGUUAACGGGACAGGAUUCCUCAAUUCUUGGAAAUGGCCGAAGAUAGAGGGAUUGCACGAUUUCAAAGGCACUUUGCUUCACUCCGCCGCUUGGGAUUCCGAAGUCGAUUGGAAGGAUAAGACGGUCGCUGUCAUUGGAACUGGUUCGAGCUCUAUCCAGAUUGUGCCGCAGAUACAGAAAACAGCCAAACACCUGAUCGCGUUCAUGAGAUCUGUGACAUGGAUCUCACCUCCAGUCGGCGAAGCCCUUCUCGAUAAACAAAAAACCGCAGCGAUGAAGAUGAACGGCGCCACGAGUCAGCCUGACGGAAAGCAAUACUACUAUACCGAGGAAGAGAAGAAACGAUUUCGAGAAGAUCCAGAAUACCACGUUCGAUAUCGGCAGCAGCUUGAGUCAUCUGUGAACGCACUAUUUGAUAUGUUCAUACGUGGGUCCGAGGUUAGUCAGGCUGCUGAAGUAACCAUGCGAGAGGAAAUGCACCGAAGAAUAGGGCUGGGACAUGAUGAACUUAAGAAAAGAUUGAUACCGUCCUGGCCGCCUGGUUGCCGGCGCAUUACGCCUGGAGAUGGAUAUUUGGAAGCGUUGGUUAAACCGAACGUAACCACAGUCCACAACGAGCUUGUCAAAGUCGUCCCUGAAGGGGUUAUUGAUGACUCGGGUAGGCUGCAUAAAGUCGACAUUCUUGUGUGCGCUACCGGCUUUAAUUUGGCAUUUGCUCCUCCCUUCGAAGUCCGCGGUGUAAAUGGAGUUACUAUGGCUGAUGAGUUUAAUCCUGAGCCGAACGUCUACCUCGCUGUGACAGUCCCUAAGUUUCCAAACUAUUUUGUGAUUAAUGGUGUGAGGGGAAAUUGGGCGGCGGGAACAGCUCUUCCCAGUCAUGAAGUUCAAGUCGAUUACAUCUUGAAGUGCGCAAAGAAGGUACAGGAAGAAGGGAUUCGAGCAUUAGAGGUUAAACAUGAGCCUACAAUGCAGCUGAACAGGCACAUCGAUGAGUGGCAUAAAGGAAGCGUUUGGAACGCGGAGUGCAAGUCAUGGUACAAGAACAACAUUCUUGGCGGCAAGCUGUGGAUAUGGGGUGGCUCAUCCCUUCAUUAUAUGAAGACGAUCAAAGAUGUUAAGUAUGAGCACUACGACAUCCGGUACCGCAAUCAGAAUAUGUGGGCAUAUCUCGGGAACGGACGUGUGAAAGCAGAGGUCAUGCACGAUGUGGAGAAGCUGGCACCAUAUAUCCGAAAAACGGACGUGCCCUGGACAAUAGACUCUUGA